AUGUUUGCUUUCUUUUCUAUUAUUUCAGUUGGUCUGGAUGCUGCUGGAAAGACAACUAUACUAUACAAAUUAAAACUAGGGGAGAUUGUGACAACUAUUCCAACAAUAGGUUUCAAUGUGGAAUCUGUGGAGUACAAGAACAUAAACUUCACUGUGUGGGAUGUUGGUGGUCAGGACAAAAUCCGACCUUUGUGGAGACAUUAUUUUCAGAACACACAGGGACUGAUUUUUGUUGUGGACAGCAAUGACAAGGAGAGAUUAGGAGAGUCUAAAGAUGAACUUACAAAGAUGGUUGGUAAAACUUUUCAUGAUAAUUACUAUAUUUCUUAUGUGAUUAAAAACCCUUUCUGCUCUAAGUAG